AUGAGUCCAGCAAUUGAGAGGUUAGCUCGAGCAUAUCUUCGACGCCCUGCCGUUGUAUACAUUGGUUCUAUUGGAAGACCUACGGAACGUGUCGAACAAAUCGUUUAUAUGAUUGGUGAAGAAAGUAAACGCAAGAAACUUGUUGAAUUGAUCUCAUCCGAUGCAUUUGAGCCGCCUAUUAUCAUUUUUGUUAAUCAAAAACGGGGAGCAGAUAUGUUGGCCAAAGGCCUUACGAAAUUGGGUUUUCAACCCUGUGUUUUACAUGGUGGCAAAGGUCAGGAUGCUCGGGAAUAUUCGUUGGCAGCACUCAAAGACGGGACCAAAGAUAUUCUGGUGGCAACAGAUGUUGCUGGGCGUGGUAUUGAUAUCAAAGAUGUUUCUCUGGUUCUCAAUUAUGAUAUGGCAAAGUCAAUUGAAGAUUAUACUCACAGAAUUGGCCGAACAGGACGUGCUGGAAAACAUGGUAAAGCGAUAACUUUUUUGACACCGGAAGACAAAGAUGUUUUCUAUGAUUUGAAGCAAUGCCUUCUGGAGAGUCCAGUAUCAACUUGUCCACCAGAAUUAGCCAACCAUCCGGAGGCUCAGCAUAAACCGGGUACAUUUGUUGCCAAGAAACGUCAGGAAGAAACACUGUUUCGUAAUUAA